GGAAGAGGAUCCAGUCAAGGUUCGGAGGGGAAGAAAUCCUUCUCUGGGAAAAAUUCCAAAGAUCUCAAAAUCCCCCCAGGACUAAAACCCUAUAAAUGUGAGGAAUGUGACUUGCGCUUUGGUCAAAAGGCACACCUUCUUACACAUCAGAAAAUCCACACUGGAGAGAAACCUCACCAGUGUCUGGAAUGUGGGAAAUUUUUCCGUGAAAAACCCACUCUCAGAAACCACGAGAGAAUCCACACAGGGGAGAAACCUUACAAGUGUUGGGAAUGUGGGAAGAGCUUUUCUCAGAAAGCUCAUCUUUGUUCCCAUGAGAAGAUUCAUGCAGGAAUCAAACCUUACAAAUGCUUUGAGUGUGGAAAAUGUUUCACCUGGAGUUCAUCUCUUCAGAGUCAUUGGAAAACACACACAAGGGAGAAAAAUGAAAAGUGCCUGGAAUGUGGGAAGUGUUUUUCCUGGAAAUCAAACCUGCUGCAACAUCAGAGAAUUCACACUGGAGAGAAACCUUUUGAAUGCCCAGAAUGUGAGAAACGAUUUGUAUAUUCUUACGAGCUUCAGAGACACCAGCUGAGGCACAAAGGGGAAAAACGCUAUCAAUGUGGGGAGUGUGGGAAAUUUUUUUAUUUGAUAGGUGAGCUUCGGGUUCAUGAGAGAAUCCACACAGGGAAGAAACCCUACAAAUGUGGGGAGUGUGGAAAAUGCUUUUCCCAUAAACCAAACCUUAAAACCCAUCAGAGGGUCCACACAGGAGAGAAGCCCUACAGAUGCGUAGAAUGUGGAAAAUCUUUUGCUCAAAGUGGAGACCUUUCGUCACAUCAUAAAAUCCACACAGGGGAGAAGCCGUAUCAAUGCAACGAAUGUGGAAGAUUUUAUCGUACCUCAUCAGCCCUUAGAAGUCAUGAGAAAGUUCACACGGGGGAAAAAAAAUUCAAAUGUUUAAACUGUGGGAAAGCAUUUGCUGAUUCAACUCACCUUAGAAGUCACAGCCGAAUCCAUACAAGAGAGAAACUUCUCAAAUGCUCAGUGUGAUAAAUGUUUUUCUCAGAAAAAUUCUCUUUUGAUGCAUCAGCGAAUCCACGCUGGAGAAAAACCAUUUAAAUGAGUGUCGGAAAUGUUUUGCCCAACCUUCAGCACUCCUGAUGCACACCCGUAAUCACACAGGAAAGUAGGCAUACAAGUAUGCAGAGUGUGAGAAACCAUUUCCUAGCAAAUCAAAGUUCAAAAUGCUCCAGAAAGUCCACAACAGAGAUAAACCUGUUUAGUCGUGAACAAUGUGGAAAACAUGCAUUUUUAAAUGUCACAUGUUAAAAUUCACCAGGAACUGAGUUAUAUGUGUGUUGGCAGAGAACUGGAAGUCUUUGAUUAUGACCACAAAUGGGGAAUGGAUUUCGGGUCAUAAGCUGCUACAAUCAUCACCUGCACCCAGAUCUUUUUGUUAUUUUUUACUAGCCCUUGUUAAUGAAUAAGAAGUGAAAAUUUAGAGAGGAUUAAAAUGGGUUGAGGGUGGAAUGAAGAUGCAUCCUAUUAUUUUAUUUAGUGAUAAAGGGUUGAUGUUGAAUAUGCUGGCUGAGGAUGAAGAGGAAAAAAUUAUUUUUCCUACUAUCUUUUGGGGAGGGAUUUUUUCUGUUUUUCACAUUGUUUUUUCAUAUGUUCACGCACAUACAUACAGGAUAUUCACAAUCAUACUGUACACAGUUGUGCUAAAGUUCUUUUGUUGAUCUGCGUAGAUAACUCUUAAAAAAAUAUUAUGGAUAGUCAAAAGAGUCAAAAUGGCAAUCAGAUGGUGCCAUGCUCUGCAGUCAAAUCCUGCUGCUUUCUUUAUCAAUAUGAGGUACUGAGGGUAGAUUAAUGAGAAAAAUGAAUUUCAACAACUUCUGGAACCAUCAUAACUAAACUGACAAAAGCGAAGGUUCUAAAAACUUUGAAUGCUGAUAUGCUCAAAAGCCAGGAUCAGCCGCACUCCUAUUGGCUACUUCAGGGGGAAUCUGGCAUCUCCCCACCCCUCCAAGCACAGGGCGGGGCCCCCUGUGAGCCCCUUGAUCCGGACACCUGGUUCCCCCAAGGCGCCUGGUACCCGGAUGCUCCUCAGGUCUAAUGGAGGCUCUUUCUCCUUAUGGAUUUCGGGCUCUCUGGGAAGAAGGUCCAGUCCUGGGAGACACAGAAGGUCAACUGGAAGUAGGGAAAAGAGCCCAGUGUGCCUGUUUCACACUGCUAAUUCCUUCACACAGACACACACACACACACACACACACAUUUGCCAGCAUCCAGCUCCUCCUGCCAACAAAGGGGGUUUCAUUAUUCGUGGCCCCUCCUGUGUGGGAUUCUCUGUCCUUCCUUCCCUU